AUGGCGGACAACGACAGCCCCGUUACCCUGCGAACUCGCAAGUUCAUCCGCAACCCUCUCCUGGGUCGCAAGCAGAUGGUUGUUGACAUCCUGCACCCCAACCGUGCCAACAUCUCCAAGGAUGAGCUCCGCGAGAAGGUCGGCAGCCUGUACAAGGCCCAGAAGGAUCAGAUCUCUGUUUUCGGUCUCCGCACCCAGUUCGGUGGUGGCAAGACCACUGGCUUCGCUCUCGUCUACGACUCGCCCGAGGCUAUGAAGAAGUUUGAGCCCCUGUACCGCCUUGUCCGCGUUGGCCUUGGUACCAAGCCCGAGCGCGCCAGCAGGCAGCAGCGCAAGCAGCGCAAGAACCGCCAGAAGACGCUGCGCGGUACGGCGAAGGUCAAGGGUGCCAAGGCGAAGAAGGAGAAAUAG